ACCCUCAAAACCGAAGGGAGUUGAAAGCCUAGUAAUAGGGGCAAGAGUCCUCUUCUAAAACUCGUUCUCUCUCUCUCUCUCUCACUUCUCUUCCAAACUUCUCAAAGUCUUUCCUUCAAUCAAAUUAUGCCUAAACUCUCACUUCUUCAGCAUUGCUCUCUUCCCCCUUUUCUCCUCCUCUUCCUCCUUGCCGCUGCCACGCCCGCCGUUCAACAAUUCAAGGAAGCACCGAAGUUCUACAACUCCCCAGACUGCCUCGCCAUCGACACUGGACUCGAUGGCACAGAAACCGUCGACAGCGGCCUCCCAAGUAUAUGUUCUGAUAAGGCAGUCCAUGUAGCGAUGACCCUCGACUUGGCCUACCUCCGUGGCUCGAUGGCUGUGAUCCUCUCAGCCCUCCAGCACACCUCGUGCCCCGAGAACAUAAGCUUCCACUUCGUCACCUCUGCCUCGGCCGACUCUUCCCUCCUCCGCCGUACUAUCGCCGCCUCCUUCCCUUACCUUCGCUUUGAGAUCUAUUCCCUCGAAGAGAGCUCUGUAUUAGGCCUCAUCUCCACCUCGAUCAGGGAAGCCCUGGACUGUCCCCUUAACUAUGCCCGGAACUACCUAGCCAACCUCCUCCCGCCUUGCAUCCGUCGUGUAGUCUAUCUCGACUCUGACUUGGUCCUCGUGGAUGACAUCCUAAACCUCGCUGCCACCCCACUUGGGGACACUGCAGUCCUAGCAGCACCUGAGUACUGCAAUGCAAACUUUACCUCCUAUUUUACCCCGACAUUCUGGUCCAACCCGACCUUGUCCCUAACUUUCGAGGGCCGGAACGCGUGUUACUUCAACACGGGUGUAAUGGUGAUCGACCUAGAGAGGUGGCGCAAGGGGGAUUGCACAAUGAAGAUCGUGGAGUGGAUGGAGCUCCAGAAGAGGAUGAGGAUCUACGAGCUGGGAUCACUGCCUCCAUUCUUGCUCGUUUUUGCCGGGAACAUAGCACCGGUCGACCACAGGUGGAACCAGCAUGGACUAGGAGGGGAUAACUUUCGGGGCUUGUGCCGAAAUUUGCACCCCGGGUCAGUGAGCCUCUUGCAUUGGAGCGGGAAGGGGAAGCCAUGGGCUAGGCUUGACGAGAACCGCGCAUGCCCGAUGGAUGCCCUAUGGGCCCCUUACGAUCUCCUACAUACUCCCUCUGCAUCCUUCGAGUCAUGAAGAACCAUAAUAGGUAAGACUCAAUUUUUGCAGAGAACUUCCUAAUUUCUCGGACCGUAUCGAUGCAGAAGUUAUUAGGCAUUAGUACUGGUGAGAUAUAUAUAUGGUGACAAUAUACAUAUGAACUGCGAGAGAUGAAGAGUAUCUCGUCGAGUGGAUCGAAUGGUGAUCUAACUAGAGUUGAUCGAACACGAUCUCUCGCUCUCUCCCUUCACAUCGCAUCUUUAAUGUGAAGCUUAAUGAUGUCAGAAGAGGUUGCUUUGUACAUUAUGCGGACCAUAUAAUUAACAAUUAAACGCUAUAUAAAACAAGUGACUUCUCUUAA